AGAGGCAAAGAAAAAGGUUUUUUAAACGCAACGGCGGUUUACUUUUAAAACAACAAGAAGAGGCUGAUCCAUCUUUAGUUGAUAAAACCAUACAUUUCACAUCACGUGAGUUGCAAAAGGCCACUGACAACUUCAAUGAAAACAGAAUUCUUGGACGAGGAGGUCAAGGUACAGUCUAUAAAGGGAUGUUAGUGGAUGGAAGGAUUGUGGCAGUCAAGAAAUCAAAAAUAGUUGAUGAAAGCCAGUUGGAGCAAUUCAUCAAUGAGGUGGUCGUUCUAUCUCAAAUCAAUCACAGGAACGUGGUCAAAUUAUUGGGAUGUUGCCUAGAGACAAACGUUCCUCUCCUUGUUUCUGAGUUCAUUCCAAAUGGUACCUUGUAUGACCGGCUUCACAACGAAAUUGACGAGUUCCCAAUGUCUUUGGACAUGAGAUUACAAAUAGCUACUGAAGUUGCAGGAGCACUUGCUUACUUACAUUCGGCAACUUCUAUUCCAAUAUAUCAUAGAGACAUUAAAACCACCAAUAUACUUUUAGAUGACAAAUAUAGAGCCAAAGUGUCUGACUUUGGAACUUCAAGGUUUGUCUCACUAGAUCAAACUCAUGUGACUACCUUAGUCAAAGGUACGUUUGGCUACCUUGAUCCUGAGUAUUUCCAGUCUAGCCAGUUCACUGAAAAAAGUGAUGUUUAUAGUUUUGGAGUUGUUUUAGUUGAACUGUUAACCGGGGAAAGACCGAUUUCUUUAACUAGGUUUGGUGAAAAUAGAAGUUUGGCUACAUACUUUAUGUUAGCUAUGGAAGAAGGGCGUGUUAUGUCUAUUUUUGAUGCAAUGGUGAUUAAAGAGGGUACUAGGGAUGAGCUUCUGAUUCUAGCUAACUUAGCAAUGCGAUGCUUAAAUCUGAAUGGAAAGUAUAGACCAACGAUGAAAGAAGUUGCUAUAGAGUUAGAAACUAUACGAAAAUCGGACAUUCCCUCUACAGUUCUAACAAAUACCUCUCAUUCGGUUUACGAAGAGGAACUAGCAAUCUUACGUUAUGGUGAAUCAUCAUCAACAUUCUUGACUUUAAGUGAUAGCUUUAGUCAGUGAUGCAAAAAUGUUUGUUAAAUUUGAUGUUUUCAUAUAGUUUCAAGAUUGGUUAUAGAAUUAAGUUUAGGUUGUCACAAACAAGUUAGU